AUGAAGGGCAAGACUGAUUUACAAUCUUCGUCCAAUGUACCUGAGGAGGAAGAAGGCGACUACGAGACUGUAAGUUCUAUGACUCUGGAGGCCAUCCAUGCUUUGAGAAUCCUUCCUGCCAAACCUCUACAAGAAUCUGAAUAUGCAGAUAAAUGUUGUAUAAGGCCUUCAGGUACUACUUCCCCAAUGAACAGCCAGCACACAUCUCAGCCCACUCAAUACUCAGCUAAACACACGUCUGUUACAGAAGGGAGGAGCAUGGCAAGUGUUAGAGGAGAAAAGAUGAAAACACAUGAACUCAAGGAGCCUGUGCCUCCCCCACGGCCUCUGAAGACACUGCCAAAGCAGUAUCAGCCACUUCCUCCAGAGCCCCAGAUAAGCAGCCAGCUCCUUCAGACAAGGAAGGCAUCCAGCCAAGCUCACACCUUGCCAGUGGCAGCAAAAGUCACAAGGGAUCUAUCUGUUAAGGAACUAAAUGAAGCAGCCGGAAGAGAACAAGUUACAGAUUUGGGGAAGAACCUCGAAUCUUUUCGAGCACAACAUUAUCAACCUAAACAUCAUCCUGAAGCCAGCCUUCACUGUAUGCAGAGCUCUAAAAAUGUCUACAGCUCAGGGUCCAUGUUAAGUGGAGAGACUUUGUCAGUGAUGAGGUCACCCUACACAGCACGCAAAAAUAAAUCAAAACCUUCACUAGUCAAACAGGAAAUGCAAUCUCUUACCCAAGCCACUGAACAGGAUUUAAACAAAUAUGAAUGGUAUAUCGGAGGAUACGACCGCCAGGAAGCAGAGCAGGCACUGCUACAGGAAAACACUGAUGAGACAUUCUUGGUGAGAGAUUGUUCCAAGAAGUCGAAUGCGGAACCUUACGUUUUGGUUGUGUAUUAUGGCAGAAGAGUAUACAACAUUCAAGUACGUUUUCUGGAGGAGAGCCAACAAUACACACUGGGAACAGGGCUCAGAGGAGAAGAUAAAUUUAAUUCUGUGAAAGAGAUCAUUGACUUCUACAAGAAUACUCCCAUCACACUCAUUGAUGGAAAGGAUAAAUCAGGAACCCAGAGAGAACAGUGCUACCUCACAUACCCAUUCAAGUCACACCAAAGAUGGUUUUUGCCUUAA